AUGCAGUCUUUUGAAUCAGGUGGUCGCCGUGAUUCGGUUGAAGGAGGGGUGAUUUCUGGCGAAGAUGAGGAGUUGGGACGUGGGGAUCUAUCCGCUACGUCCGAAGAAGAUGGAGGAGGCAAACAUCGUAAGAUCCGUCGGAGUCGGACAACAUUUACGACCUACCAAUUGCAUCAGUUAGAACGAGCUUUUGAGAAGACCCAGUAUCCCGAUGUGUUUACGAGGGAAGAAUUGGCUUUGAGAUUAGAUUUAAGUGAAGCCAGAGUUCAGGUUUGGUUUCAAAACCGCCGUGCUAAAUGGAGGAAACGAGAGAAAGCCAUGGGACGCGAAAGUCCUAAUUUCUUACACAUGGAACAAGUGGGAGAGUUACCCUCCCCCAUGAGUUUGAAUCCCGCCAUGGACCCAUACUGGACGAACAGAUACACAAACUUAACAGGCGUUAAUCCUUUACUGGCAUUCCAACAUGGCGGUAAUCUGCCGCCACCACACUACAUGCAGGGCAAGAUGCCAUUUGCUGGACUAUUAUCAAAUUAUAUGAUGGCUUCUAAUGGCUUGGUUUUACCCGGUAUGAUCCUGGGAGCCAAUAUGGCGGCACUUCCGGGUGGACCGUUAAACCUCGCUGGGCCACGUUUACCUAUAAAUUGCGAGAGUUUAGAUAUGAGAAAAUCGAGUAUUGAUGCUUUACGACUAAAGGCCAAGGAACAUUCGAUGAAUUCGUCACCCAUGGAAUUAUUACAAUACAGUGGACAUUCCAACAAAUCAGAGUCCCCAUAAACAUUGAUUUAUCGUCUUAUGACUUGAGGAAAAAGAUUAAGGUUUGGUUUCAAUCCAACCCGAAUGCCGUGAAGAAAGAAAUCCGGAACGGAUGCUGCGUGGUAGUGCGAGUGACCGAGUGAACGAUCAUCCCUGUAUCCCUUAUAAAAUGUAGGAACAGUUCCACUACAAAGAAAUUAACGCGAACAAAGAAUUAAUGCGCUGAAUGGCGCAUUUCUUUUUGUUUCUUGUAAAUUUAAAGACCCUUACGUUACAAAUAUUUAAUUUGUUGUGAGAAAAAGAUUCUUGAAGAUAUUGUUACUCUAUACGAAAGUGCAUUUUUGCUCUCCGUUC